AUGUCAAACCAAGACCACACACCAGAGGCUAUAAAGAAAAAGAGGGAUGAGCGUCGAAAGCGAAUACAUACUUCUGCCGUGGAAUGGCAGCCAUUCUUUAUCGGAGCUUUAGCCGUCAACUACGUUCUCUUAUUAGUCGUGGCAGCCGGUUAUGCCUUUUCAGAGCGAAGCACUAUUCCUCGAUGGUUGGCAAUCAUGUCUUUCGCCGUCGCUGUAACUUGUCUCACAGCAUUUUCUAUCGGCUGGAUGAUCCAUCUAAACUGGCUUCAGGAUUGGACUUGCUUUUCAGCUAUAUCCACAUCUGGGUCUCUGGAUAAUGGUAGUCCAACCCUUCCAGUAGUUAACCAUUUGCUGGGAAGCAACUGUCCUCCCCCUCCGGAAAUUGAUACAGAAGCUGGUAUUACAGAUCGUUGGCGGCCAGAUACACCGGGGUACGGCGUUCAAGCACCACAGCAAGUGUAUAUCGGCAGCAAUCACAUACCAGACCAGCAAUGGCAAGUGAACCGUGCAAAUAGGGUAGUGGGCAUCCAGCCCAGUAUCAUUGAGGACAAUGGGAGUUGA